UUCUGAUUGCAAUCGUGAAUGCUUCGAAAAGCCAAUCGAUCAAAUCUCGCGAGAGAAUGGUUGCGUUCCUCCUCGGAUUCCUGUAGCAUACACACCCCAUCAUCACCACCACCACCACCAGCAAACACGCCAGGUUCACCUGCGCCCAGCCGCUCGAAUCCUCGAUCAAACGAGCAUCUUCUAGCGUCCCCUGCCUUCAUCGCCCUCACCCUCGCAGUCGCAUUCAUCGAUCGCCCGGCAUGCCUUGCGCAAAUUGUAAAUGCGGUGCCAAUGCCGGCUCGGGUCCAUGUGCGCGAUCCAAAGGUGCUUCAUCUAGCAAAGCCGAAGAGGCGCGAGGACCCAGCAUGGCGCUACCUCGUUCCUCCGCUCGCAAUGCCCACGAUCCUGAAGCUCAGCAGCAGAACAACAGAGCGUCGGUAUGGAGCACCACUACGACAAACACCACCUAUGUUCCUCCUACCGAAGAAGAAGAAGGAGUGGAGAGCACCCCAUUGUUGAAGGCUGCAAAUCAAAAUUCCCCCGCCUCUUCUUCCGAUACCGCACUCGAGCCUGAACAUCAGCACAGUGUGACCUCUGCCUGCGAGGCGAGAAACGGAGAGAGGGGCAUUUGCUGCAAGGAGCUGAAAAAGGAAGAAGCUACGCUGCUCAAUCCUGAUCUGGUUCGAGACUGCAUCAUCGGUCUGAGCGAUGGUCUGACUGUCCCCUUUGCACUCACUGCUGGAUUGUCCGGCAUUGGCUCCAGUCGCAUCGUCGUCGUGGCUGGAAUGGCUGAGCUGGUGAGCGGUGCCAUCAGCAUGGGCGUAGGUGGUCUACUGAGCGCUCAAGCCGAGCUGCAACACUACCGCUACCUCUCUCGUGCCACGUCGGACCGAGUGCGUCAAUCGUGCGCCGGCGAGAUGGAGAGGGAGGUCAUCUCCAUCCUUUCACCUUUUGGUGUGCCUGCGGACGUGGCGGGCCUGGUGGCCGACAAGCUGUUGAAUGUGGAAGAGAGGGAAUGCUCUCAUGUAGCCGACCUGCCUAGGCCCGUCUCUUCUCGACCCGAGCGGUUUGUGAGGAGCGAUGGACUCAAGGGACCUUCGAGAGGCUUGACGCCUUUUAUACUUCGAUUGGGAGAGGGACUAGAGGAGGUGCAGGAUGGGAGGGUGUGGCAAAGCGCAAUCACCAUCGGAGCAAGCUACUUCAUCGGGGGUUUCAUCCCGCUCUUGCCCUACAUUUUCAUCACGACGGUAUCCGAAGCAUUGACUUGGUCCAUCAUCAUCACCGGCAUCAUCCUGCUCCUCUUUGGCGUGGCAAAACAGAGAUUUGCGGGAGGAGCGACCGAUGUGAGAGGUUUGGCUUGGGGCGCCAUCUCUACGCUGGCCGUGGGCGCUUCGGCUGCAGCGGCUAGCUUUGCCAUCGUUAGAGCUCUUGAAGGAUCUGGAUCUGGAUGAAGAUAGAGAGUUGCAUACGAGCUCUUGGCGCUCUUUCGCUUUUCCACUUGACCCACCACUUCUGCCCUUGCACGUCUUCCUCUCCAUGUCCUCGCUCCGCCAUCUGACACUACAAGUCUCACUCAUUCAGUUCGACACGACGCGCCACUUUCUUGCCUCGAGUCUGUGU